AUGAGUGUUGAAGAUCUCAUUCGCAGACUUCACAUUGAAGGGGAUAACAAAAGUGCUGAGAAGCAAUCCUCAAAUCCCAAUGUUGCCAAGGCUAAUACGGUGGAGCAUGACAAAGGCUCCAAGGGGAAGAAGCCUAAGCCCAAGCCAGGGUCCAAACUUGGACCGAAAGGUGGAGUUUCAAAGAAGUCGAAAUUCCAAGGGAAGUUCUUUAACUACAACAAGACGGGACAUAAAUCGUCAGAUUGUAGACUGCUGAAAAAGAAAGGCAAUGAGGCCAAUGUUGUGGAAGCCAUGUUCCAAGAGGUCGCUGACCUAGACCUAUGUGUAAUGCUCUCUGAAAUAAACCUGGUAGAUGUUAAUCCAAAGGAAUGGUGGCUCGAUACUGGAGCUACUCAUCAUGUUUGUGCGAACAAGUCUGCAUUCUCUGACCUUACUUUAGUGGAAAACGGGGAAAAGAUCUACAUGGGCAACUCAACAACCUCUGAGAUAAAAGGGCAAGAUCAGAAGAAAGAGCUGAAGUCAAUUUUGAAGAGAAUUAUCAACUUUAUCCAAGUUCCUAGCCAUAAAGGGGACUUGGUGGGGAAAGAGUUGAUAAAUUGUCUUAGUGAGUGGGGUAUCUCCUUAGUUUUUGCAGUGACGGUUGACAAUGCCUCCUCAAAUGACGUUGCUCUUAGAAAAUUGAAGGGGCACUUGUUGGACAAAGAUAAUACCAUUCCAUUGAAUGGCGAAAUGUUUCAUAUGAGGUGUUCAACUCAUAUUUUGAAUUUGAUAGUAACUGAUGGGUUGAAAGAGUUGAAUGAUGCAAUUUCAAGCAUUCGAAAUGCGGUGAGAUAUGUGCGGUCAUCUCCAGCUAGACUGAAAAGAUUUAAAGAAAGUUGCAAGGAUGCAAACAUUGAAUCAAAAGCCUUGUUAUGCUUGGAUGUGGUUACUAGGUGGAACUCCACCUACUUGAUGUUAGAAUCUGCUAUAAAAUUCAAGAAGGCUUUUGAGAAUUUGGAAGCAGAUGCGAACUACACAAAGUACUUUGAUGAAGAAAGAAUGGAUGGCCCACCAACCAACCUAGACUGGGAAAAAGCAGUUGUAUUUGUUGACUUUUGGAGGAGAUUCUAUGAUCUUACUAAUUGA